AUGGCAGAAGAGGGCAGAACGGUGCUCACAGGCCCGCACGCUGCGGCAAUCGCCUCUGAUCCAGGCAGCUCUGAGGAUGCGGUGCGGACGCUGCUGGCGGCUGCCCCUGAUGCCACAGCGGCAGCAUCAACCACAGUAACGGUUCACGGGGAGGGCGGCCUCACGCUGCUGCACCUUGCCGCGGCCAUGGGGAAUGAGGCGGCUGCACGGCUGCUGCUGGAAGCCGCGCCAUCCACCGCAUCAGCAUUGACGGCUGAUGGCUCGACGCCGCUCCUCGCAGCCGCAGCGUGCGGCCACAGCGGGAUCGUUAGUCUGCUGUUGGCAGCAGCGCCAGCCACGGCUCGAGCAGCCAACCUCCAUGGCCAGCUGCCGAUCCACUUGGCUGUGGCUGAAGGGCACUCCGAGUCGGUCCGCAUGCUGCUGGCGGCUGCUCCCGACACAGCGCUCAUCAAGCUCAUCAGGAGCAGGGCUGCACCCCACUGCAUCUAG